AUGGCUACAGUAAGCUCUCAACAGUCGAGCAUGAUUUACGUCGUUUCAGUUGGGAUCUCAAAAGGUAUACAGUCCAUUUACGUUGUGAAAGGAAUCGACUGUGGGGUUUUGGGCACUGAUGUUCUGUCAACCCUUGAGGUCCAGAUAGAUGUUGCUAAUAGAAAGUUGUUCUUGAAAGGGGAAGAAGUGACAACAGUUCAACCAGUCAAAUCAGAAACAAGGUCUGAAGUGCGUUUGUUGAAGUUUGGUCGGGUGUAUUCGCCAAGCAGUGUACUGGUCGGACCUGGGCAGGAAACCACCAUUUGGGGAAAUAUAUACUCCAAUGUUACUAGUGAAUGGACAGGAAUUGUGGAAGUAGUGGAUGAGUUAUCUGAACAUUCAGGACUUUUGGGAUGUGCUACCUUUUGUGUUGGAGGAAAAGGGAGAGAUGUUUCGGUGAGAGUUAUGAAUGUCUGCACAGAACCUAUAGUAAUACAUAAAGGACAGAGUUUGGCGGAAUUUGCUGAAGCAACUGCGUUGGAUGGGGUGGAUCGAAGACCAGUUGGAAAGAGUACCGAUAUUUACAACCCAAUGUUUGACAUAGAUCUGGGUGAGUCAUUGAGCUCUGAUGAGAAACAACAAUUGGAGAAUCUUCUAAAACGUCAUCGGGACGUGUUCGCUUAUCCAAGCAAAUGGUGCGGUAGAACGUUUCAAUAGGACACUGGGAGAAAUGCUAGCAAAGGUGAUAGAUUCUAACCAUACAACAUGGCAAAACCAUUGACACAAGUCCAACUGGCCUAUAAUACGUCGUACCAUGAGUCGAUUGGAGACAUUCCAUAUAGAGUUAUUUUCAAAGAGAUGCCUAGAACGUUGUUACAAGCUGCAGCAGAUUCUGUGUGCAGGAUAACAGAACACAAGACGACAUCACCAAUGGCUUAUGUAAAGAACAGUUUGACAUCUGUUCCUGACAUAUACCAAAAGGUAAAGAAAAACUACAGUCAUAGGUCAAAUGAAAGACAGAGACAGUACAAUAAAUCAAAGUUGCACUUCACCCCAUACGUGUUGGAGAUCUAGUGUGGAUUACACAUCCUAGUGGAGGGAAACAAGUAUCUCGUUCUUUCUGUCCACGAUGGAUGGGACCUUAUAAAGUUGUUGAAAAGAUAUCCGACGUAGUCUACAAGGUUCGUCGACCAUAUGGGAGGAAGGAUGUGACUCUCCAUCAUGAUAGAAUAAUACCAUAUGUACAACGUAACUUGCGUUUUAAAGAUAUUAGAACAGAUGUAAACCAACAGAGGGAUCUUUUGGAUACUAAAACAAAUGUAAACCAACAGAGAGAGAUUCUCUCAGAUAUUUCCACAGACUCUGAGGAUAAUGUGGAAGAGUUACCUGAUCCCGUUGAAUCAGAUUCUAACUCAAGUAAUGAAGCUCCUCAAGUACUUAGAAGAUCUCAACAUCAAAGAUCUCGCCCACAAUAUCUGAAUGAUUAUAUUGUAGACUCGGACUUUAGCCCUUCGUCUGAGGGGGAGUGAUGUAAAGUAGUAAUAUAAUAGUUUUACGUCUUAGCGCACGUUAGCAUAUCAGUGGUUAUAUAACACAUCGCUUACUUAUAAUACAUCAGUCUUUUUA